UUGGUUAUGGUGCAAAUUCGCCCUUUUAAAAAUGCUCAUAAUAAAAUACUAUAAUAAUAUUAUUUUUUCCAAAAGAUGCCGAUUAGGUUUGCGAUUUGAAUGUUUCUUGACGGCGGAUCUCGUGAUGGUUUAUGGUGGUUUCCUUUUGGUUUUUUGGAUUAUGAGGCUGGGAGUAUACGAUCCCUACUGUCGGAUGCAGUGAUGGAUCAGUAUCGGGGGAAUCAGAAAUUUGGGAUUUGGAGAAAGAGGGAUCUCGAUUUCCAGGGAUCUACAUUGGGAGUUUGGCGGAUUUCCCAGAUUAUGAAAGAUCCGAUUUCCUUGACUGGUGAUCUGUUAUCUAUGGAAUUUGUUUGUGAUUGUUUUGGGCGAGUUGGUUUUAGAUAUGGAAAGUGGGGAUUCUGGUUUCAGGAAGCUUCGGGUAAGCAAAUAUUCGGUUUACUCUUGUUUAGUGAUCGGAUUAGUUGCUCAAGGAUUCGAUGUCUAAUGGAGAUUGAAAGCGCGGAUUCUGGUUUAUCAAUAUUUAUAUGGAUCCGUGUCGUGCUUACUCUCAUCAUCUUGUUUUCUUCAUUCUUUCUGAGUACUUUCAACAGCUUUUUCUACAUUUUCGGGUUGUUACUCUGUAGUGCUUCGUUUUCAUCAAAGGCUUCUCUUUGUGUUCCGUUUUCUGGUAGGAUUAUCAUGGCUCAACUGAACCUCAACAAAGGAAAGGCAACAAUGGUUCGAACAGAGACAGUGAAAAUCUCCGACUCUGUGAUGGCACAUCGUAUUCAACAGUUUUCUUUAACCCUCAUUGGGAGGUUGAUGAAUCCUACGGUUCAGAGAAUGGAGUCCCUGGUGGCUAAUUUGCCAAAAAUUUGGAAGCUAGAAGAGAGGGUUGAAGGUGCGGAUUUGGGUCAGGAUACGUUUCAAUUUAAUUUUGAAACAGAGGAAGAUCUUCAGGGUGUGUUAAGGAAUGGUCCUUACCACUUCGAUAAUUGGAUGUUAGCCUUGGUUCGAUGGGAACCUAUCAUUUCAAACACUUAUCCCUCUGCUAUUAACUUCUGGGUGAAAGCUACUGGGAUCCCUAUGCAUUUCUGGGAGACUGCAACUCUUCAAGCUAUAGGGAAAAAGAUUGGGAUACUUCGUGAUGUCGAUGAGGAAACUGGUAGUCUUUUUGUGACUAUCAAUGGCUUUAAUCCUCUCAUUUUCCACCUGGUGGUCCCGUUUAACACUGGAGAUGAGGUGGUGGUCUCGCUAGAGUAUGAGAAGCUGAUCGGUUUUUGUACUCAUUGCUAUAGGCUCACUCAUGAUCAGAAGUUCUGUCCCGAGUUGAGUAAGGGUGAAGGGAAUCGUGGUCAGGGUGAAGGUGUGGAUAAGAGGGGUGGUCCGUGGAAUCCUUCAUUGCUAAAACCGUCUGUUCAACAAUUUGAGGGGAGUUGGGAAAAGCCAAGAAAAUUUGCUAAGAGAGCUCUUGAUUUUAACUCAGAGUUUAAUCGAGAAAGGGAUCAACAGCAGGUGCGUCUUGGUGAGAGUUCAAAAAAUGGAUUUCGAUUCCAGGCUACUAAUCAAGGAGACGUGGGUCAGUAUAGGAGUUAUGGGAAACAUGUAGAGGCAAGAGAGGGUCACGGUGCUUCCAUGGUCCAUCAGUCUCGCACUCAUCACCCUAGAAAGGGGAGUGGUCCUGCCUGGCCGAAGCCUCUCUAUCAGGCGAAGAAGAAACAGGUUCCGCAGCCUGAAAAUGUUCUCGAUUGAGUCAUCCCUUCGGUUGAUGACAUGGUGGAUAAGGAGAAGGACUCACUCAUGGAGGAUGUUAAUGGUAUGAAUGCUGGUGAUAAUGGUGCAGGGUUUUCGGUGAGCUCUGAUGAUCUUCUCGAGGAUGGGGAAUACCAGGAGGGUGACGCUUCGGGAUUGGUUGAGGAUUCAGUUGCUACUGGUGGAGAGGUUCAUACGGAUACCGAGAAGGGUGAGUCCGAGGAGGAGGAUGAGGCUCCACAAGGUGUUGAAGGUCCACAAGGUGAGGCUAGUAAGCAGAAAGGGAUUACCAGGUCCAAUGAGAAGAAGUCCGAGGGUGGUAAUAUGGGAGGAGGAACCCGCAAACUGAAGAAAGGGAUGGUGGCUCUCCCGAAACCGCCGGCUCAAACGUGAAGAUCAUGAGUUGGAACUGUCAGGGCAUUGGUGCGGAUCUGACAGAAGGAUAUUUAGGAGAUUUGUGGAAGCAGCAUAAGCCUGAUAUUUUAUUUUUAUCAGAAACUAAAAAAUGUUUUUCUUAUUUACAAAAAUUUCAAAAGAAGUUUGGCUAUAAUAAUUUGUAUACAGUUGACCCCCUUGGUUCUAGGGGUGGGUUAGCAAUA